AUGCCCGCCUUGGGUCCUACGGACGAGCCCCGGAGGCCCACAGUCCUCUCCCGUUUCGCCGCCCCUUCCUUUGCAGAUCUGAGGCGCCGUCAAGCCGACAAGCCUGCCGACAGCAACGAUGGCUCCGAACACAUGAUCAACCUCAUGCUCACCGUCCUCGGCCUCGUCUUCCUCGCCCUGAUCCUCGUCUCCCUCCUCGUUCUCUUUCGCCGUCGUCGCCUGAGGCGCCAGCAAAACCAAGGUCUGCCGACUUACAACGAGGUCAAGCAGACUAACCCCCGCGGCCUUACCAUCGAGACUGCUCACGACGGCCGGUCCAGCAUCCUCAUCAUCGGCCGCGACGGCCAGCCCAUGUUACAGAACCCCAACUCGCCGCCCCACUCGCCGGACAACGUGCCCGAGAUCCACAUAACCUUCCCCGACGAGCACGACGGCCAUGGCCGUGCUCAGAAUGGCCGCGUCCUCGUCGUCCGCGUCGGAGACAAUGCCACCGUCGGACUGGAGCCCAUGCGUGAUGAAGAGCAGUUGCCGGCGUACGAAAAGGAGGCCAAGGGCGAGUUUCAGUCCAUCGACAUGGACCAGAUUGGGGGCUUGAAAGAAAAGGACCGCACAGUAUUCCAAUAA